GCCAGCUUCCUCGGAACAGCAACCCUUCAGGCCAGCCAAACGCGCCAACCAGCUACUAGCGCGCGAAUCAGACCAGCAGCGAAGACCGGAUAAAAAGGCUUCACCCCUCCCGGCUCAGAUCCAGCUCAUUGGGGUGGGAGGGGAAAAUACAGAAAUUACCCGAACGGAAUAAAUCAUCCGAGGCUGCUUUGACCAAGAAACCCAGCCGAGCCGGAGGAGUGUUUUAAAAAAGGCGCCGAGGAAGGAGACCGAAAGGACAAAAGGGGGUCUUUUAUUUGCCCUUCCGCGCUGUCCGCCCUGACUCGAGCGAUGGUCAACAUGCAAGUGUGCGCCCUGGAUUGCGAGACGCUGCGCGACCUGCUCCAAGACCGCGGCUUACAAUGCCUGGUGCUGGACUGCCGAUCCUUUUUCGCCUUCAACUCCUCGCACGUCCGAGGCUCUUGCAACGUCCGCCUCAGCACCAUCGUGCGGCGGAGGGCCAAGGGCGCCGUGGGCUUGGAGCACAUUCUCCCCAACGAGGAAGCCCGCGCCCGCCUGCACAAGCGCCUCUACAACGCCGUGGUGCUGCUGGACGAGCGCAGCGCCGAUCUCCAGGCGCCCAAGCGGGACAGCACCCUCCAGCUGGCUCUUAACACCCUCUGCAGGGAAGCCCGGGACGCCCGCAUCUGCUUCCUCAAGGGAGGUUACGAAGUCUUCUCUUCCACCUUCCCUGAGCUUUGCACCAAGCCCUCGGCCCCUAAAGGCCUCACUUUGCCGCUCAGCACCACCGUUGCCCCUGGCAGUGCCGAUUCCGGCUGCAGCUCCUGUGGAACUCCUCUCUAUGAUCAGGGUGGUCCAGUGGAAAUCCUACCUUUCCUGUAUUUAGGCAGCGCCUAUCAUGCUUCCAGAAAAGACAUGUUGGAUACUUUGGGGAUCACCGCCUUGAUCAAUGUCUCUGCAAACUGCCCUAACCAUUUUGAAGGGCACUAUCAGUACAAAAGCAUCCCUGUGGAAGACAACCACAAAGCUGACAUCAGUUGCUGGUUUAAUGAAGCUAUUGACUUCAUAGACUCCAUCAAAAACAAUGGCGGACGAGUGUUUGUCCACUGCCAAGCCGGAAUCUCCCGCUCCGCAACCAUUUGUCUUGCUUAUCUUAUGAGGACCAACCAAGUCAAGCUGGAUGAAGCCUUUGAGUUUGUGAAACAGAGAAGAAGCAUCAUCUCCCCUAACUUUAGCUUCAUGGGCCAGCUGUUGCAGUUUGAGUCCCAGGUCCUUGCUCCAAAUUGCUCAGCAGAGGCUGGAAGCCCAGCUAUGUCUGCACUGGACAGAGGAGCAUCCACUACAACUGUCUUCAAUUUCCCUGUUUCCAUCCCUGUUCAUCCUGCUUCCAAUGCACUUAACUAUCUUCAGAGCCCCAUCACCACAUCUCCAAGCUGUUGAAAGGCAGGUGCCAACUGACUCUCUACAAAGACUUGACAUCUUGUUACCUGAAAAGUGCAAUAACUUUAGGAGGAGAUCUAUUAGUUUAUAUGGGUCUCCUUUUGUUAUAUCUACAAAGCAAUACAGAAUCACCAGCAGAUCAACAUUUCUGACUCCAGAAAGCGAGGUUCUUUCUGAUAGAUGAUCUUGACAGAGAGGCAUUUUUGACCAAUGUUUAGAUGCCCACAAAGGAGACAAAGCACAAAGGACUUUGCUUUCUACUCCUGAAAAAUUCCCAUUACUGUCUUUUUCCCCAUUGCUGUUUCAGUAGCAAAUCCAACAGAAUUCUCAUUCUCUGGGUAUGCUUGUACAAGAAGAUCUUUGUAUUUAUUUAUUUUUUAUCGUGUAAUUGCAAUGACUGUUUGUCUUCAAGUCUGAAUUUUCAUUUUCUUGUCUUUUUUUUUUAAAAAAAGAAAGAAACAAAAUACCUCAGGUGGGUUUUUUUGGUACUGUAAUCCUACAAAAACAUCUUAAAACUGUUUCCAAAGCACUGACAUGGAAAGCACAAAGAAGUGUUGUGAGGGUUUUUUGGUUGCUAGUGGUUGUAUGCUUGCUGAAUUUAUUUAUGAUGUGAAAUAAUAUAUUUUCUUCUUAUAAAAGAAGACAGGUUUUGUAAUAAUUAUGCCUUUUAUACAAACCAAAUAAAUUAUGACAUUUCUAUUAAAAAAAAUCCUUUAAACGUUCCCCCCCCCUUUCUUUCUUAGUAAUGGCAAGAUCAGAAAGCAGACAUUUCUGGCUUGCUAGCUGAUGGACUCUUGUCAAGUUGAUCCUUCCCACAAUCAUGACAGAACCCUGGAAGUCUAUGUUGUCCCUAAAAACACUCCUGCCUUCCCGUUCAGAAAAGAUGAGAAAUGGGAUCUUGUACUCAGCAAAGGAAAGAAAAACACAUAAUUAGUUCUUCUAAGCAGUGGAUGUCAGCCAGAUGAUUAGUGUUGUCAGAUCUGACUGUGUGGAUCAUCCAGAUGAGAAGGAGGAAAAGAGAUCCAGUGCCACUAUUAAGAUGACCUACAUUAUUAGCAUGGCCAACAUUAAUCAUAUGAAAAUAUCUAUGACUAUUUGAUGAAAAGCAUUCCAUUGCUUCGACUGCAGCUCCUAUCAUCUUUCAGAUACGGUAUCUAAGUAAGGAUGGGAGGUAGAGUUCAGCAGUAGGUGUAUAUCCCUAGUUUAAUGGUUACCAUUUCUAAUAAACUCUUGCUUACUACCAGAGACAAAUCAUUAAGGAAGUUCCAAAAUGCAGCACACAAUUUCCAUUAAAAUCCUUUUAAAGACUGGGCCAUAUUAUAAUAACUUCCUUCCCCCCACAUCUUUUUUUUCCAGAAGUUAC